AUGGCUAAAAUUUCUUCCCAGGCUUCGGCCAAGUCUCCUAAGAGCGCAAACACAAUUCCUCCCCAGUUGAUCGCCUCGGUUGCUGCUUUCCUCGGCGAGAACUUCCCUCAAACUGCCGCCGCUUUCACCAAAGAAUUGGCCAAGUCGGGUAACAAGAGUGACAACAAGAAUGUUUCCUCCCUCCUCGACCUCUUCAAGGCCUCUGCCGUGAAGGCUGCCUCGACCAGCUCCGAGGAGUCGGACGUUGAGAUGGGAGAUGCCAAGUCUUCCUCCUCUUCCUCUUCCUCUUCCUCCUCUUCUUCCGACUCGGACAGCUCCAGCUCAGACAGCUCCAGCUCGGACAGUGACGCCGACGAUGAGGACGACGACAAGUCCGCCGUGGCCCCCGUCUCUGCCAAGAAGACCUCCGGCGUGAAGCGCAAGGCUGAAUCUAGCAGCGAGUCUAGCAGCUCUUCUUCCGACUCAUCUUCAGAGUCUGAAGAUGACAGCCCCAAGGCCAAGAAGGCCAAGAUCUCUCCCAAGGAGUCGCCCAAGAAGGCCGCUAAGGAGGAUUCCUCUUCAUCUUCCUCUUCCUCUGAUUCCUCGUCCGACUCUUCUUCCUCUUCAUCUGAGGAGUCUGAGGAUGACAGCCCUAAGGUCAAAGCCUCCGUCAAGGUCGAGGCCAAGGAGACCCCCAAGGAGGCCCCCGAUUCUUCCUCCUCAGACUCUUCCUCUUCUUCGGAAUCCUCCAGCUCCGAGUCCGAUUCCUCCAGCUCUUCCGAGUCCGACUCAUCUGACUCUGACUCUGACUCUGACUCCUCGGAUUCGGAAGACGAGAAGAAGGCCAAGGCGACAUUGAAGGUUGCUAAGAAGACCCCCCUCCCGGAAUCCGGCUCCGACUCCGACUCUUCAUCUGACACCAGCAACACCCUCGAAGCUGCUCCCGUUGUUGUGGAGAAGACCGUCACAUUCAACGCCCCCUCUUCCAGUGCCAGCCCUGCUCCUUUCGACGGCCAAGGCAAGAAGAAGCACACUGGAGCCCGGCCUACCCCCCUGGCUCUGCUCAGUGAGCUGCCCCAUGACCACCCCUCCAACGACUACAUGUCAUACGCAUACGCAGACCGCGCCUUCGCCGAUCUCUCCGUGACUCGCGGCAAGGGUUUCACCAAGGAGAAGAACAAGAAGAAGCGCGGCUCCUACCGCGGCGGCCCCAUUGAUAUCACUGGCGGCAAGUCCUUCAAGUUCGAUGACUAA